AUGGAAGGUCCCAGGAAGUGUUUGGGGGCACGGUGCGUGUUUGGGUGGGGGUGGGGGGGACGAGGGGGGCGGGGAGCGGCUUCGGGGCAGCGCAGGCGUGGGGGUUGGGUGCGUGGGGGUUGGCUGCGUGCAGGGGAAGGGAGCGCGGCGGGACUGUGGCGGGCCAGGGCGAGCGUGGGGGAGGGAGGUGAGGAUGGCCGCGGAGCCCCAGCUGAGAGGUGGAAGUCCUCCGGGUUAGUUUUGAGAGGCAGGAAGAGGGUGGAUGGGAUCCCUUGGAAAAGUGGAGGAGAGGUCCUCGGAAGGGUUGGGAAUGUGCGGGUGCGGGGAGCGUGGAGGCGGGCGGGCACCCCUUGCCCCCAGAGCGUGCGUGGGGGUUGCGUGGGUGCAGGGGAAGGGAGGCUGGAGGGAAUGGAGCGGCACCCGGAGAGCCUGGGGCCCUGCGGUCAGGUUGUGAGGGGCAUUGUAGGGGAUAGGGGGAAGAGGGUGGAGGAUGAGGACCCCUUAGAAAAUGUGAGCGGAAGGAUGUCAGGAAAGGAGCCCGGAGGGGUUAGUGUGGGAAUGUGCCAGGGCAGCUGGGGGGGGGGGGCUUGUGGGGAGUGCCUGAACAGAGGGGGAGGGAGAGCUGAAGGGAGUGCUGAGGGCCAGGGCGAGCAGGGGGGACUGAGGUAA